GUCACGUUUGCCAUGUGAGGAUUUGUGAAGUUAAUGGUGUUUGUUUCAUUAUACACAACCCAGCAUGAUAAAAAUGAGGUGGGAUUUUGCUCCAUAUAUAUAUAGAGCUGCGUGCAGGACCACUUACUCCACAUAUACACCACAUCUUCUUCGCAUACAUUUUCACAAACGUGGAAGACAUGUUGAUUUACUCAUCCCUCUCUCUUCUCGUCGUCGCUGUUGCUUUCAAGCUCAUCGUCCACCUUCAAACAAGAACACCCAAACACCUCCCUCCCAGCCCGCCUUCUCUGCCAAUUCUCGGUCAUCUCCAUCUCGCUAAAAGGCCCCUUCACCGGACUUUCCACAGCCUUUCCAAGAAAUACGGCAAGAUUUUCUCUCUCCGGUUCGGUUCCCGCCUGGUGGUUAUUGUAUCGUCCCCACAGGCAGUCGAUGAAUGCUUCACCAAGAACGACGUCGUCCUGGCGAACCGCCCAGACUUACUCGCGACCAAGCACCUGGACUACAACCACACCACCAUGGUAGCAUCCCCCUACGGCGACCACUGGCGCAACCUCCGCCGCAUCAGCUCGCUCGAGAUCUUCUCAACCAACCGCCUCAACAUGUUUCUGGGCAUCCGAAGGGACGAGGUCAAGCGCUUGCUAUGCAAACUUUCGCAAAAUUCGCGCGAAGAUUUCACCAAGGUGGAGUUGAAAUCAAUGUUCUCAGAGCUCACCUUUAACAUCAUAAUGAGAAUGGUGGCGGGGAAGCGGUACUACGUGUACGGAUCCGGAGAGCACGUGAAGGACGAGGAAGAGGCGAGGCAAUUUAGGGAGAUAAUGAGAGAGGCUUUCGCGAAUAGUGGGGCGUCGAAUCCUCAAGAAUUCGUGCCCAUCUUGCGGUGGAUUGAUCAUGGGGGUUUAGAAAAGAGGCUGAUGGGGCUUGCCAAGAGGAUGGAUGCCUUCUUGCAAGGCCUUAUUGACGAGAAGAAGGGUAACGAAGAGGGAAAUACUAUGAUCCACCAUCUGCUUUCUUUGCAGAAAUCACAGCCGGAAUUCUACACCGACCAGAUUAUCAAAGGCCUUAUUUUGGUCAUGCUAGUUGGCGGGACUAACACAUCAGCAAUAUCAUUAGAGUGGGCGAUGUCCAAUCUGCUCAUCCAUCCUGAUGUACUAAAGAAGGCUAGAGCUGAAUUGGACAAUCAGAUUGGGGAAGCGAAUUUGAUAGACGAACCAGAUGUGCCUAAACUACCGUACCUUCAAAGCAUAAUCUCUAAGACCCUUCGAUUGUACCCGGCAACUCCACUGCUAAUACCCCACAUGUCCUCUGAUGACUGCACCAUCGGAGGAUACGAUGUUCCACGUAACACGAUGUUAUUGGUGAAUGCAUGGGCCAUACAUAGAGACCCCAUGGUGUGGGAUGAUGCAACCAGUUUUAAACCCGAGAGAUUCGAGUGCGGCAAGGCUGACCCGCAGAAGUUGAUGCCAUUUGGGUUGGGAAGGAGGGCAUGUCCAGGGGCAGGACUCGCCCAACGGACAAUGGGGUUGGCUUUGGGGUCAUUGAUUCAGUGCUUUGAGUGGGAGAGAGUUGGUAAGGAAGAAAUAGACAUGACUGAAAGUAACGGGAUGACCAUGCCUAAAGCUGUGGCACUGGAGGCCAUGUGUAAGGCGCGCCCCAUUAUGAAUAACCUUCUUUCGGAGUCAGUAGAUUAUGUUUGAAUUAACAAUGUCGACCUAGGGUUAAUAAGUUGUACUGGAUAAUUGGUUUGGAAGCUUUGUUUAAGAAAUAAGAGAGUAUUUUGUAAGAAAUUCCAUUAAAAUAUGUCCCUUUAUGUCACAUAUAUUAUUGUAAUA